AUGAACGACUUUGACGAGUGCGGCCCGAGCGCAGCCAGCAUGUACCUGCCGGGCUGCGCCUACUAUGUGGCCCCGUCGGACUUCGCUAGCAAGCCGUCGUUCCUUUCACAACCGUCGUCCUGCCAGAUGACUUUCCCCUACUCUUCCAACCUGGCGCCGCACGUCCAGCCCGUGCGUGAAGUGGCCUUCCGCGACUACGGCCUGGAGCGCGCCAAGUGGCCAUACCGUGGCGGCGGCGGUGGCGGCGGCGGCGCGGGGGGCGGUGGCGGCGGGGGCGGCCCUGGCGGGGGCGGCGGCACCGCUGGGGGCUACGCUCCCUACUACGCGGCGGCGGCGGCUGCAGCGGCGGCAGCGGCGGCGGCCGAGGAGGCGGCCAUGCAGCGCGAGUUGCUCCCGCCGGCGGGUCGCCGGCCAGACGUACUCUUCAAGGCGCCAGAGCCGGUGUGCGCGGCGCCCGGGCCACCACACGGCCCCUCGGGCGCCGCCUCCAACUUCUACAGCGCGGUGGGCCGCAAUGGCAUCCUGCCGCAGGGUUUCGAUCAGUUCUAUGAAGCGGCUCCGGGGCCCCCAUUCGCCGGACCGCAGCCCGCGCCACCGCCCGCGCCGCCACAACCCGAGGGUGCUUCUGACAAGGGUGACCCCAAGACCGGGACUGGUAGCGGCGGGGGCAGUCCCUGCGCCAAGGCGACCCCGGGCUCGGAGCCCAAGGGGGCAGCGGAAGGUGGCAGCGGAGAUGGCGAGGGCCCCCCGGGGGAGGCGGGGGCCGAGAAGAGCGGCGGCGCAGUGGCCCCCCAGAGGUCCCGGAAAAAGCGCUGUCCCUACACCAAGUACCAGAUCCGCGAACUGGAACGCGAGUUUUUCUUUAACGUAUAUAUAAACAAAGAGAAAAGACUCCAACUCUCUCGGAUGCUCAACCUCACUGACCGGCAAGUCAAAAUCUGGUUCCAGAAUCGCAGGAUGAAAGAAAAGAAACUGAACAGAGACCGUCUGCAGUAUUUCACUGGAAACCCCUUAUUUUGAAAGCUGCAGGAAGCGCCCCCUCCCCAGAGCCCCACUGACCCACCCUCCUCCCCACCAGCCUGCCCUCCGCAGGCCCAAUGUCCUUGGGUUUAAUGACGCCUCUUCUCUGUGGAACUUCACGAUUACUUCCCACGGUCAACUCAAGACCUCCCAGCGACCACUGCAGCCUGCGGACCGGGGACUUGGCCGAGCGGAUCCUAAUAAGGGGAAAAUGGUAAAUGCAAACGUCCCUUUACAAUUUUACCGCCAAUGUGCUGUCGUUCCCCCUCCCCCUCUCAGAGUCCUCGCGGGGACCCAGCGGGAUCUGUAGGGAGUUAGGCCACAGGGCUAGAAGGCGCUGGCGUUUUGUUCUGAGAUUAAGAUAUCCCUUCCUUCUCCCUCCCUGAACGCAGAUUAUUUAAACUCUGGGAACUGUACCUUUGGUCUGUCAUAUCAA